UUUUGGAGUUCGUUGCGACCGGUCGCGAGUCCCAGGCACAGUGAGGCCCCCAUACAGAGUCCCUGGAUCGAGUCCGAAUCGCGAGUGAUCACCUCUUUGUCGCAGACUUUUCGCAGUGCGUGUCGCAGUCCAGGACUAGAAGGUCCUUUGGAGAAAGCACCGAGUACGAGACACACGCGCAGAUACGCAGACACCCAUCGUUCAGAUACACACUCAGAUACAGUGAGGCAACCGUUAGCUAGCCAUGCUGGCAAUGAAGGAUAAACCUUGGCUGCUGCUAUUUGGCCUAUUGGCCGCAUUAAGCUGCUUUGGGUCCGGAGAUGCCGCCUACCCUUACUACGGCACCAAGAUCGGAGCCCUGACCCGCCUGCACCACGGGGUCUCCGGCGACGUGUACGCCGUGGAUUCGCGAACCAUCUUCAUCAAGAAGUUCAACUAUGACGGCGAGGCCCCGGCCGCCUACUUCUACGUGGGAAACACGGCCAAGCCCAGCAACGAGGGCGCCGCCCGCCUGCGUGACGAGCGGGGAGGCACCGCCUCGCUGACCCGCCGCUACCGGAACAAGGACAUAACCCUGUCACUGCCCGAAGGCAAGACCCUGCGGGACAUCAAGUGGUUCUCCGUCUGGUGCGAUGAAUUUGCCGUGAACUUCGGUGAUGUAGCCAUUCCGGCCAACCUGGACUUUCCCCGCCCGCAGAAGAUCAGCGCCCUGAGGGGUGUCCACGGAGUGGCCUCCGACAACAUCGUUAUCGUAGAUGCCCAGACCCUGCUGGUGCCCAACUUUAGCUACGACGGGGAGGCGCCAGAUGCCAAGUUCUGGGUGGGCCGAGGACAGCGUCCCACUCCGGAGGGUCUCCGGAUCCCGGAUGAGAACGGCAAGGAAAACCCUCUGCGGCGCUACGACCGCAAGACUAUCGUGCUGACCCUGCCCGAGGACCUCACCAUCUUCGACAUCGGCCACUUCGGUGUCUGGUGCGAGGCCUUCACCGUGGACUUCGGCCACGUCCGCCUCCCAGAGGGCCUCAACGUCCCGCCCUCGCUGAAGAUGCUCGGCAUCAGUCCACAGUCGAAGCUCAACUGCGAGGUGCUCUACGACGACCUGGCCUUUGAGGUUCGCUGGGCAGUGGCCGGCGAAAGCAUCGUGGUCCAGUUGGUGGCCAAACUGGAGCCCAACCAUUACAUGUCCUUCGGCAUUUCGCCAAACAAGAACAUAAGUCAGAUGAUCGGCGCCGACGCCGUGGUGGCCUGGGUGGACCCACAGACAGGAAACGGAUUUGCGCAGGACUACUUCCUGGAGGGCAAGGCCCAGUGCUCGGGUGGGCGGGGCGCUUGCCCGGACACCAAGAUUUCGGAGAAAACCAACUCGAUCAGACUGCUGAACGCCGCCAUGGUGAAUGGCUACUCGAUCGUCACCUACCAACGGUCUCUGGCCGCCACAGACCGCCUGGAUCUGCCCAUUUCCGUUACGGAUGCCGAGUCGGUGGUCUGGGCCAUUGGCCCGCUGAACGAUUACCAGGAGGUGUCGUUCCACACCUUCUACAACAAGCACCUUCACCAGAUCGAGUUCGGCCGCCAGCCCAAGUGGAACUGCCCCUUGCCCGAGGGCGCCCGUCCUGGAAGCAACUCCUCCGACGAGCCCGAUGACUCUGUCCCUGCACCGGCUCAGAGCUCGACGGGGGGUGCGGGAUACCCACCGGCCGGCAGGCCCAAGGGAGAGCCCGAAGAGGAGUUUUAUGAGAACCGGGCGGAGGCCCUGCAUCGCCAACCGCCCCAAAGGCGCCAGGAAACCGCUAUCGUCACCCAGCGUCGACCGGUGCCUACUCCAAAGCCGGUCAAUGCCAACGGGGCCUGGGACAUCCCAGCUAUCCAGUGCCAUGAGCCAGAGGAUGGGGUAUUCUACGCUCAAAUGGGUCCCACUGGCGGAAAGCACGGAUAUCCGGCCAUCACAGGUCACGUUGGAUGGGGUAUUUCCUGGUACAUUAACGGACUCCUGAUUCCGGAGAUUCACGUUGUGCGCGGCAGGACCUACACCUUUGUGGUGGAAGGCGGCAACAACCCAGACAUUCCAGCCAAGUACCAUCCGUUCUACAUCAGCGAUGAUCCUGUUGGAGGAUACGAACAUAAGCGCGAGGAGGAAAAAAAGGCCGUUCGCAUCUUUGCUGGUGUGCAUCGCUCCCGCUCCGGUCAGGUGACACCCACUGGCGUCGGUCGCCUCUGCAACUGGACACCUGACGUGGAGGGUCCUCCGGCGGACGACUACCAGUCCUUUGGAGCCUACCAGCGCACCCUUACUCUCAAGUGCGACUCCGGAGAACCGGGAGUCAUCAGCUGGAAGCCGGAUAGGAACACGCCGGACACCGUGUACUAUCACUGCUUCACGCACCGCUACCUGGGAUGGAAGAUCCACGUCCACGACUCUUGUGACUCGGAAGCGGGCGGUCUGAAGGGAUCGGCCUCCGAAAGACACGAGAUCAGAAUUCCCGCAGAGCCCGCCCCCGUGAUUGAAGAGCUCGCCGGGGAGACGGCAGCAGCCUCGCUGCGGCACGAAACAAAGAUGGCAUCCGCGCUGCUGAGGCUCUCGAGGAGAGCCUACUGAGGAGUCAGUCCCCCCAACCGCAACAUAUCCACCAGAAACCGAAUCCAAAACCGAACUUGUACCCGAACCAGAAACCGAACCCGAUUUUCCAACU